AUGGACACCGCGUGCGUCCACCUGGGUAAAGAGGAGAGCGACCAUCCAGCUUGUCAUCAGCGGACAGUUGAAAAGUCACCAUCCGUGAUGAAGACCACCCCGGACCCCGCAGCAGCCAAGAAGCCCACCUACCCAGACCCCGACCGGACGGCCAGCUCUUCUUCUCAGCCCCCGGCCCCAGAUGGGCGGGGGGUCCAGGCCCAUCCAGACCGGGGCCCCGAGCAGCGGCACCACCCGGCACCACAGAGCCCGGGGCAGCCAACCAGACCCCACCACAGAGGGAAAAACUAUACCCACCCCACCAUUCAGUCAACUACCAGACUACAUAAGACAAUAGACACCCAGGUUGAUACCCCUAAGGCAGGGAUGGUAACAACCUCCCCGCCAGCUAAAGAGGCCCACAGCCUCACCGACGCGCCGAAGGCCCACAUCCCGGCGAAACACCCACCAGGACCAAAGCCCCCCCAGCCCAGCCGGAACCCCAGCCCAGAGGCAGAGCGCCUCCAGAACCGCAAGCCCGCCCCGGACCCACCCAGGAGCAGCACGGCCGCCAGGCCGGCAACCUACGUCAGCCGACACAGGCUACCCCAGCAGCGCUGCAUGCAGCCGCCAAAAAGACACCACCCAAGAGCCACCAAAGCCCCAUCCAGGCCAGGACCGCAGUCCCAGUGCUGA